AAGAAAGGAAGUAUUUAGUCCAACCUCCAGCCACGGCCAAGUUAUUUUCCUCACUUUUUAAAUUCUAAACGACUCUUUUUCGACACACUUUGACACGUCAAACUCUCACAAUGAGCUUCAAUAGAGGUCCCGCUUACGGCUUAACCGCGGAAGUCAGAAAUAAGAUUGCACUGAAAUACGACCUCCAGAAGGAGGAGGAGCUGAGGAUUUGGAUCGAGGACCUGACAGGCGAAUCCAUUGGCGCCGACUUCCACAAUGGCCUCAAAAAUGGAGUUAUCCUGUGCCAGCUUAUUAACAAACUCCGGCCCGGUUCUGUGAAAACCAUCAACCGUUCGUCUCUCAACUGGCACCAACUGGAGAACUUGACCAACUUCAUCACGGCAAUCAAAGCGUACGGCCUGAAGCCCCAUGAUACUUUUGAGGCCAAUGACGUGUUUGAAAAUGGCAACAAGACGCAGCUACAGACCACGCUGCUGGCGCUGGCGAGCAUGGCAAAGACCAAUGGCACCCAGUCGCGAAUUGACAUUGGCGUGAAAUAUGCAGACAAGCAGAGGAGGACAUUUGAUGAUGAGAAGAUGAAGGCUGGACAGUGUGUUAUUGGCCUCCAGAUGGGGACCAACAAGUGCGCCAGCCAGGCAGGUAUGAGUGCUUAUGGCACCAGGAGGGAUUUGUAUGACCCCAAAAGUAAAAUGCUGGCACCCGUGGACUGCACCACCAUUAGUCUGCAGAUGGGAACCAACAAGGGAGCAAGUCAGGCUGGAAUGACCGCACCAGGGACAAGACGCGCGAUUUACGACCACAAACUGGGCACAGAUAAGUGCGACAACAGCACCAUGUCCCUCCAAAUGGGCUACAGUCAGGGAGCCAAUCAAAGCGGCCAGAACUUUGGUCUGGGCCGUCAGAUCUACGACGCCAAGUACUGUGCCAAGGGAAACGUCUUGGAUGAAACCAAUGGAGCGAGUGGAGCCUACAUCCCAGACUACCAAGAUGAGGGUUACCAGGGUUACCAAGAGGAGGAGCAGGUCUAUAGGGAUGAUGGGACUGAUUAUUAGAGAGAUGAAGAUAUUUUGUAAACCGAGGCAUGUCCAGCAAAAAGGAACUUAAGAAAAAAUACCCGAGGCAGAUGUUUUAGUUUUAUAUCCUAAAGGAUGUUACGCCAUCUGUGUCACGUCCUUAUAGUAUUCGAUAUUUUCUUACCCCGAGUUUGUUACACAUAUCAAAAUGAACUGUAUUUGUGUGAUUUUUAGUUUUUCUUUUAAAACAAAAUCUGGAAAAUGACUACAAAACAAAGUCACUUGGUUCUUUGUAUCUAGUAUUGUAUCCCAGGGAGAUUUUUAUUUUUUUUAUUUUAUUUUUUUUUAAUGCCAAAUUUGCCCCCUCCCACCCCCACUAUUUCACUCACAUUUUAGUUGUUUAGGGAGAUGUAAGGGCACCGUAAUUUCUUUGGAAUGUGUACUUUAAUAAUCAAACACACAGAUCUAUCACAAUCCAAUUCCAGACGUUAACUUUUGGACACACGGUCUCACUUUUCGUAUAUGUUCUUAUUAACUGCAUAACCAGUCCAACAGGUUUGACAAAAGAAAUCAGACGGGGUUUAAAUAUGAUUACGCAAUCUUUUUUUCCUUUUUUUUUUUUUUUUUUUUUUUAACAUUCCAAGUAUAAAUAGCUACUGGAUUUUUUUUUUCUAUCAAGUGAAUCAUUCCUUACAAUUCUUUUAUUAUUUAUGCAUCGUCAUGAAUUGAAUGGGUCCUGAUAUUUUUUUUUUUUCUACCUUGACUCUUGAAUAACAGUUAUAGUAUUAUGCUUGUUUUGUUUUUCCUCUGGGAUUAUCGCUGCCAAUUGGAAAAACAAAUUGGCCUGUAAACUUACCUGCUAAUUUAUAUGGUACACCUAGAAAAGAACUGCGACAGCUCUUAAUUGGAUUUUAAUGUUUUAGUUAAUCUUGAGAGAAUAUGCAUCGUAAUCCCUGUCAAUUGUUAUUAUGCGGCUUUAGUUGUAUCUAUGUGUACAGAAUAAAUUAGCAAGUGUAGUUGAUGUUUUUGUGAUACAAAUGUAAUAAAUGUGUAUUCCUUA